AUGGUUAAAGAAUUAGAAGAAUUUUUGAACUUCGCUGCAGUGGUGCUAGAAUACAUGGCUCCGAAUGAAUAUAUGAAACAAGAAGGGGAGCACGCACGCCAGAAGGUCAGAACACUUCCAACCUCCAGCCAUCACUUCUCUUCUGCCUGGACUGCACUAGGCACUCCGUUCCUUUGCACAAUGCCUGAACCGUAAAGGAAAUCCAAGAUCACAGCCUCACGCAAACUUCUUUUGAAGAGUUUGAUGCUGGCUAAAGCCAAAGAACAGUGGGAACAAGAGCAAGAGGACAAACAAGGAGAAAAACAGAGAUAUUUGGCAGAGAGAGUCGCACCUCUGCAUACCAGUGGACUUUCAUUUGCUCAGCUACAGGAUCUGUGCAGGGAGUUACAUAAUAAAAUAGAUGUGGUGGAUGAAGAGAGAUAUGACAUUGAAGCAAAAUGUAACCACAAUACACGAGAGAUUAAAGACCUAAAAUUGAAAGUGCUUGACCUCCGGGGAAAAUUCAAGCGUCCUCCUUUGCGGCGUGUCCGUGUCUCUGCUGAUGCCAUGCUGAGAGCUUUGCUUGGCUCAAAACAUAAAGUUUCCAUGGACCUGAGAGCCAAUCUCAAAUCUGUCAAGAAGGAGGAUACGGAAAAGGAACGUCCUGUAGAAGUGGGUGACUGGCGUAAGAAUGUGGAGGCCAUGUCAGGGAUGGAGGGAAGGAAGAAGAUGUUUGAUGCUGCCAAAUCUCCAACUGGACAGUGAAAAGUCCUGAAUGGAAAGAUGAAGACCACCUCCCACAAUGCCUGUGUACAUCUCUGCCCCUUUCUUUUGCCGAUUGGUGUUCCCCCAUUUUCUGCAUUAGGAGUAGAACUGAUGUCUUUAAGGACAUUAUUCAAGAAUUGUUAUGGUUUUGCAUUUCAGCAAUUCAUGAUCCCGUCAAACCAGCAAUAGGAACACUCAACCUCUUGCUAGCAUGAGUCAUACAAUGACCACCACAACUAUCAAGCAAUGCAGCCUUCCUUUCAAAACCAUUUCAGCUGUACUAGAGGCAUGCCAGUAGUUGGAUAAUGUGCAUAUAAGGUGAAAGUGGAAAGAGGACACUGUACCGUACAUGGUCCUCUGUAAAUGUACAGAAAACUGUAUUGAUGCUAUGUCAUAUCAACUAGAAUCAGUGAAGACCCUUGCUAGGGUAGGUCCUUUGGUGGCCUGCUCUUCUACUCCAGAAAGUCCUUUAGCUUUUUCCAUGGCAGUUUUUCUAUGUACAGUUUGGGUGCUGCAACAAUUAUUUCUCUCUCUGUAUCAUUAAACAAAACUAAACAAAACCCAGCAGCAUCAAGAAUGAA